AUGCUCUGUAAUGAACAGCGCUUGAGAAUUGCAAAAAUACUACGCGACUUGAGUAAGCCUGGUUUUGGUAAUAGAAGCAUACUUCGACUUUUGGUCAUGAUAGCUACCGCGUAUUCGGUACACUCCGUGGGCUCCUACAUGGAAGCCAUGAAAAGUAUGGUGCAAGCAUCAGAAAAGUUUGGAGACAAGCUAAACUAUGCUCAAGGAUCCGAGAUAGAUUUAGAACAAUUAAGUGGGGAUGCUGAAUCUGCGCCGGGUUUAACGGUGCUCUCGCAAGAUCGUAAUAAUUGGGACGAUGUGUUUGACGAGUUCAGUCACGUGAGUUCGGAAAACUUAUUCAGGCUCAUAGGCGAUGGGAAUAAUAGGGUUGCCAAACGCGUCCUUUCUCGACUUUUGGAUAUGGCAAGCACUGCUAAGUCUCCCGAUGUCGAUAUGGAAAUCUUUUUGCAAUCCAUUUUUAUGGUCCUAAAUGUGGAGUCGCUCGACGUUGCGCAAAACGAUUUGUUCAAUCUUUUGGGUGAUGAAAAUAUCGAUUUCAUCUCAUUCGUCAUCCAAAAUAAGGCACAGAUUUUGAAAUACUCUGUCGAAGAUGUCUUGACUUUAGGCCAGCUGCCAGAUGGCCAAGAAAAAUUCAUGACUCAGCGCGAUAUACGGAACCAGGUUCUACAAAAUGCUCAAGAUGCUAAAAAUCAGGCCCUACUACCUGCUCAAUUCCAACAGGAAUAUCGUCACGUUUACAGAAAACACGAGGCAGGUUCGGGUUUAACACUGUCUUUCACGGGCCAAAAAUAUGCAUUGCCUGCGGGGAGUACGAGACAAUCAUAUCAAAUGUACGAGGAGAUUAUUAUACCGAAAGCAGAUCAAAGCGUUAAAAAUUCGGUACGAGUCAAAGAAAUAAGGGUUUCUGAAUUGGAUUUAAUCUGUCGAUCUGUAUUCACUUAUGAUACGCUUAACAAAAUUCAAUCGAUAGUGUUUCCGGUUGCUUAUGAUACCAAUGAAAACAUGUUGAUAUGUGCGCCAACAGGUGCUGGUAAAACAGAUAUUGCGCUUUUGACUAUUCUCAACAUUAUAAAACAAUAUUCGGAGAUUAAUGCAGAUGGCCAAAUAAAUAUUAACUUCGACUCAUUCAAAGUUGUCUAUGUUGCCCCGCUAAAAGCUUUGGCUGCUGAGAUUGUAGAGAAAUUUGGUAGAAAGUUGGCCAAGUUUGACGUCAAGGUCCGGGAGUUGACUGGCGACAUGCAAUUGACCAAGGCAGAAAUUUUGGAGACGCAAGUGAUUGUUACUACGCCCGAAAAAUGGGACGUGGUAACUCGUAAAGGGAAUGGAGACAAUGAUCUUGUUUCAAAAGUCAAACUGUUGAUCAUCGAUGAAGUGCAUUUACUUCAUGAGGAUAGAGGUUCAGUGAUAGAAACUCUGGUGGCCAGAACUUUGCGGCAGGUUGAAAGCUCACAGUCAAUGAUUAGAAUAUUAGGUCUUUCGGCCACAUUACCAAAUUUUAUGGACGUAGCUGACUUCUUGGGCGUGAAUAGACAAGUGGGCAUGUUUUACUUUGAUCAGUCAUUUAGACCCAAAGCCCUGGAACAGCAACUUCUCGGCUGUCGCGGAAAGGCCGGUAGCAGGCAAGCACGCGAAAAUAUAGACAAAACAGCUUACGAAAGGGUUAUUGAAAUGGUCCAGAAAGGCUCUCAGGUCAUGGUUUUUGUGCAUUCAAGAAAGGAAACUGUCAAGACUGCCCGAACUUUCAUUUCUAUGGCCCAGUCCAAUCAGGAAAUCGAAACCUUUUCGAACGAUUCACCAAUAAGAAACUCUUAUUCAAGAGCAAUGACUAAUAAUAAGGAGAAAGAUCUCAAAGAACUUUUCCAAUUUGGAUUCGGUGUUCACCACGCUGGUAUGUCUCGUUCCGACCGUAAUCUCUCUGAGCGACUGUUCAAAGAUGGUGCUAUCAAUGUUCUCGUUUGCACUGCAACAUUAGCUUGGGGUGUAAACCUUCCAGCAGACGUUGUUAUUAUCAAAGGGACACAAGUCUAUGAUUCCAAGAAAGGUGGGUUCUCUGAUUUGGGAAUAUCAGAUGUAAUUCAAAUUUUUGGACGUGCUGGUAGGCCUGGAUUUGGAUCAUCUCAUGGUAUCGGCAUUUUGUGUACUUCGAGCGAUCGCCUUGACGAUUAUGUGUCCCUGAUUACACAGCAGCAUCCAAUAGAAUCUAGACUAGGUUCCAAGCUUGUUGACAAUUUGAACGCCGAGAUCUCUUUAGGAACUGUAACCAAUGUCGAAGAAGGCAUUCAAUGGCUUGGUUACACUUACCUUUUCGUUCGAAUGCUCAAAAAUCCUUUGGUAUAUGGUAUUAAUUGGGAUGAAUUUAGAGAUGACCCACAACUGUAUGAAAAGCGAAGGGAUAUGAUAAUUAAAGCUGCGAGAAAAAUACACAGGCUCCAGAUGAUAGUGUUUGAUGAAGUCUCCAUGCACUUCACUCCAAAGGACUUGGGUCGCAUUGCUUCCGAUUUCUAUCUACUCAAUGAAAGUGUCGAGAUCUUCAAUCAACUUUGCAACCCGAGCGCUACGGAGGCUGAUGUUCUUGCAAUGAUCAGCAUGAGCUCUGAAUUUGAUAACAUAAAGUUUCGAGAAGAAGAGGCUGUUGAGCUCACACGCUUAUUGGAAGACUCUACAGAAUGCCAACUUGGAAGCGAGCUUGAGUCGGCCCAGGGUAAGACAAAUGUGCUUCUCCAAGCUUACAUUUCUAGAGCACGCAUUUUCGAUUCUGCCCUCGGCUCUGAUUCCAAUUAUGUUGCACAAAAUUCCGUUAGAAUUUGUAGAGCGCUAUUUUUGAUUGGCGUCAACAGAAGAUGGGGGGCUUUCAGUAAAGUGAUGCUUGACAUAUGCAAGUCUAUUGAAAGACGUCUUUGGUCUCACGAUCAUCCUCUUUGCCAGUUUGAUCUACCUGAAACUAUCCUAAGAAGAAUUAGAGAAAAGAACCCCACAAUGGAGCUUCUUCUAGAUAUGGAGUCCGAUGAACUGGCCGACUUGGUUAAUAACAAGAAACUUGGUCACAAGCUUUAUGGCGUAAUGAGUAGCUUCCCAUUAGUGAACAUCGAAGCUGAGAUUUUCCCGAUAACCACUAACGUUAUGAGAGUUCAUGUGAUUCUUGAACCCUCUUUCAAAUGGGAUGUGAGUAUUCAUGGAAAUGCGCAGUUUUUCUGGGUCUUCGUUGAAGAGUCUGAUAAAUCACAACUGCUCCAUUUUGAAAAGUUUAUUUUGGGCAGGAGGCAACUUAGCCACCCGCACGAGUUGGAUUUUAUGAUACCGCUCUCCGAUCCACUCCCUCCACAAGUUGUCGUUAAGGUUGUCUCUGAUUCUUGGAUUGGAGCUGAAUCAACUCAUCCUAUUUCCUUCCAGCACCUAAUUCGACCACACAACGAAACGCUGCAAACUAGACUGCAAAAAUUAAAUCCGUUACCGAGAACUGCACUAAACAACAAAUUAAUUGAGGAAAUCUACCCUUUUCGUUAUUUCAACCCGAUGCAGACAAUGACCUUCCAUACGCUCUAUCAUAGCAACAAUAGUGUUUUUGUUGGUUCGCCAACAGGUUCCGGUAAAACAGUUGCGGCGGAAUUGGCGAUGUGGCAUGCAUUUCGAAAGUUCCCUGGUAGUAAAAUUGUUUAUAUCGCGCCAAUGAAGGCUUUGGUUAGAGAAAGGGUCGAUGACUGGCGGAAAAGGAUAACACCUGUUACGGGUGACAAAGUGAUUGAAUUGACUGGAGACUCCAUUCCAAAUCCUCAGGACGUUCGAGAUGCAACUAUCAUCAUUACAACUCCCGAGAAAUUCGACGGUAUCUCUCGUAACUGGCAAACCAGAAAAUUUGUUCAGCAGGUUUCUUUGAUUAUAAUGGAUGAAAUUCAUUUGUUAGCUAGCGACAGAGGUCCCAUAUUGGAAAUGAUUGUGAGUCGUAUGAACUAUGUUUCCACUCGUACAAGCCAGCCGGUGCGUCUCUUGGGAAUAUCAACUGCUGUUUCUAAUGCUUAUGACAUGGCGGGAUGGUUAGGCGUCAAGGAUAAUGGCCUUUACAAUUUUUCAUCUAGCAUCAGACCUGUGCCAUUGAAAAUGUACAUUGAUGGAUUCCCUGAUAAUCUUGCAUUUUGUCCUCUCAUGAAGACCAUGAACAAACCUGCUUUUAUGGACAUCAAGCAGCACUCACCGAACAAGCCGGUUUUGAUUUUUGUUGCAUCGCGUAGACAGACAAGACUUACUGCCCUAGAUUUAAUUCAUCUGUGUGGUAUGGAAGAAAAUCCUCGCAGAUUUUUGAAUAUCGAGGAUGAAGGUGAGUUACAGUAUUAUAUUUCGCAGGUCACUGACGAUACAUUAAAAUUGUCGCUUCAAUUCGGCAUUGGUCUUCACCACGCGGGCCUGGUCGAGAAGGAUCGGUCUAUUUCCCACAAGCUUUUCCAAAGCAAUCGCAUUCAGGUUCUUGUUGCGACAUCCACGCUUGCAUGGGGUGUCAAUCUCCCUGCACAUCUGGUGAUUAUCAAAGGAACACAGUUUUUUGAUGCCAAGAUCGAAGGAUAUAGAGAUAUGGACUUGACUGAUAUUCUUCAAAUGAUGGGUAGAGCCGGUAGACCUGCGUACGACACAAGCGGUACCGCAAUCGUGUACACUCGACAAGCGAAAAAAAUGUUCUACAAGCAUUUCUUAAAUGUUGGGUUUCCUGUGGAGUCUUCGUUGCAUAAAGUUCUAGAUGAUCAUCUUGGUGCUGAGAUUGCGUCAGGAUCGAUAACAAAUAGGCAAGAAGCUAUGGAUUUUUUGAGUUGGACGUUUUUCUUCAGAAGAGCGCACCAUAAUCCAACUUAUUACGGUAUCACUGAAGAUACUACCCCGGCAGGCAUUAAUCAACAUUUAAGUGCAUUGAUUGACACAACUUUAAAAAGCUUAGAAGAAUCGCAAUGUGCGGUUUUACAUGGUGAUGAAAUUGAGGCAACCUCUUUCCUAAGCAUAUCCUCAUAUUACUACAUUUCGCAUAAGACUGUAAGGCUCGUCUUGCGCCAAAUAUAUGACGGCGCCACUUUCCGGGACGUUCUCAAAUGGCUUUCUCUAGCCAUAGAAUUCAAUGAGUUGCCGGUCAGAAAUGGUGAAAUAAUCAUGAAUGAGGAGAUGUCUGCACAAUCAAGAUAUAAUGUCGAGAGCACUUUCACUGGUGAGGAAGAACUCCCCAUGUGGGAUCCUCAUGUCAAGACUUUCCUACUUUUGCAAGCGCAUCUAAGCAGAGUGGACUUGCCAAUUGCCGAUUAUCAUCAGGACACGGUAUCGGUACUUGACCAGGCUCUGCGUAUUUUACAAGCAUAUGUGGAUAUUGCAAGCGAAUUGGGUUUCUAUCGAACGGUGAUGACAGUUAUCAAAGUAAUGCAAUGUGUCAAGCAGGGCUGCUGGUACGAAGACGAUCCUCUCACUACAUUACCCGGUGUGCCGCUCAAGAGACGCUCUGGACUCGAUUUCACAGAUCUAGGCUAUCCUACAGGUGCCGAUCAAAAAUCGACUUUAGAGGAACUAGGUUCCGCAGGCUUCAAGAAAUUGGAAGCCAUCGCCAGAAAGCUGAAUGUUGCUCAGGACAAAUUAAAAGAUUUUAAAAGAGAGGCUCAGCGGCUUCCUCUCUUGAAAGAGAUAGAAGUUGAACCGCAAUCUUCUCCAGAUAAAAUGAUUAUUUCUGCGAAGCAUGUCAAUUCUAAGUGCAGCAGAAACUUCGAAGUGUGGUGUGACAGAUUCCCCAAGACCCAGAAAGAGCUGUGGUUUGUCAUAGGAUACCAGGGAAAUGAGUUAAUGAUGAUAAAGAGAUGCCAACCCAAAGUAGUACAAGGACAAGUAUCCAUAAUUUGUGAUUUCAUUUUACCCAAGGAACUACAGGGCGAAAAACUAGAUUUCACCUUGAUAUGCGAUGCGCAAGAUAUUUCCUAUCAAUUUAGCUAUGUGCUCAUUAAGUAA